UUGACGCAUUUCCGGACCAAAGGAGGAAAACAAAACUAUCCCAAUUCUCUUUACUAAGUUCAUACUUAUCCUCUACAAACUGCACAGAAUAAGUCUUUAGCCGGAGCGUGACCACGCGCCACCGUCUCCCCGGAAGCAACACAAACAAACCCAGUGAGCAGUGAGUGAAUCAAAAGUUAGGUUUUAAAGGAAAACUAUGGCGGAGUACUGGGUUGAAGCCCAAAUCCCGCAGCAGAAGCUCUACAACGGAAUUCAGUUUCCAUCAGUGUUGUCUCCGAGCUCUACAGCCCCGCCCUCCUCUCUCUCCGUCCUUACCAAAACAAUCCAAACUCAGAAACUAUAUCUCCAGUCUCUGCUUCACAAAUCGGGGGCUUUACUCUUGAGGGGUUUCCCUGUAAGUACGGCGUCCGAUUUCAACGACGUCGUCGAGUCUUUCGGCUUCGAGGAGUUUCCGUAUGUUGGUGGCGCGGCGCCUCGGAGCAACGUCGUGGGUAGGGUCUUCACGGCCAACGAGUCUCCACCAGACCAGAAGAUCCCGUUUCACCACGAAAUGGCUCAGGUGCCUGAGUUUCCAGCAAAGGUGUUUUUCUUCUGUGAAAUAGAGCCAGCAAAUGGAGGAGAGACCCCUAUUGUUCUAAGUCACAUUGUGUAUGAAAGAAUGAGAGCGAAGUACCCAGAAUUUGUUGAGAGAUUAGAAGAACAUGGUCUAAUAUAUACAAGGAUUUUAGGGGAAGGUGAUGACCCUUCUUCUCCCAUUGGCCGUGGAUGGCAGUCUACCUUUUUGACCAAAGACAAGUCUGUUGCUCAGCAAAGGGCUGCAAAAUUGGGCAUGAAAUUGGAAUGGUUGGAAGAUGGUGUGAAAACAGUAAUGGGUCCAAUCCCAGCUGUAAAAUUUGACAAGACAAGGCAGCGCAAGAUUUGGUUCAAUAGUAUGGUUGCUGCAUAUACAGGGUGGGAGGAUGCAAGAAAUGAUCCUUUGAAGGCUGUUACUUUUGGUGAUGGGAAGCCAUUGCCAGGUGAUGUUAUCUAUGACUGUCUCAAACUACUUGAAGAGGAAUCUGUUGCCAUUCCUUGGCAGAAAGGUGAUGUUCUGUUGUUAGAUAACUUGGCCGUCCUUCACUCCCGAAGAUCUUUCACCCCACCUCGCCGUGUGCUAGCCUCACUUACCAAGUAGUUUUUACACUGGUUUUCGUAAGUUUGUAUUGUAUGUACAUGGAUAAAUAAGCAGGGUUUGUACAAUUGUCAAGAGCCCCAGUGAUACCAGUGCCAUCUUCACAUAAUAGCAUUAAUUUUUCAAUAAA